AUGGUAUCAGACUCGAAUACUAAGACUAUCACUGAAGACGAAAGCAUCGAUAUGAGUGAUGGGAACAUACUCAGUGACCAAAAACAAGUAGCUCUUGCUCAACAGGACUUGGACCAUCGCCUUACCAAAUGGCAGGCGGUGAAAGCAUACCCGCAAGCUUGCAUAUAUAUCUUGAUCUUGGUGUGGUCGCUUAUCACUGUGGGCUAUGAGAACCAGGCCUCGGGUAUUGUUCUUUCGGUACCUACUUUCAGAAGAGACUUUGGUUAUGCUGUUGUUAGUGAUGGCGAAACGCAGUAUACUUUGGACCCGCAGUGGCAGUCUGCCAUUACUGGAGGUGCUAGUGCUGCUUUGGUUUUUGGUUCUUUUAUGGGCACUACUAUUGUUGACUACGUGGGGAGAAAAUGGAUCAUGACUACUUGUGUUGUGGGUACUAUUGCGUUUGUUGGUGUUGAGUUUGCUGCAACAAAUAUCCAGGUAUUUUUUAUUGGCAAGUUUCUUAACGCUAUCCUUUUAGGUGUCAUUCAGACCGUUGGUGCUUCCUAUGUCGCUGAAUUGACUCCUUUGGCUUUGAGAGGUAUCUGUACAAUGACAGUGAAUCUUUCGUUCUGCGUUGGCCCUUUUAUUUGCACAAUUGUGGCUUAUUUCACUUCUACCAGGGACGACCGCUGGUCAUAUAGGGCCAUUUUCUGCUCACAGUGGUUCUUCGCUGUGACUGCCUCGGUUUUCUUGUUUUUUAUCCCAGAAUCGCCAUACCACCACGUAUUGAAAGGUAAUGACGACAAAGCUCUUGGUUCCUUGAGAAAGAUUCAUCCUGACGGUUCUGCUGAGUCUCAGCUUGCUGUUAUUCGUGCUACUGUCGACGAAGCCAAGGUGUUGUCCAAGUCUGGUUCGUGGUUCGAGGUCUUCAACAAAAAGAACAUCAAGAGAACAUUGAUUGCAAUUGCUCCGUUCUUGAUGCAACCUCUUAGUGGUUUGGCAUACGUGAUGUCUUACCAAACCUAUUACUUCCAGAUUGCUGGAAUAACGACCCGUGAAUCCUUCAAAAUCAGUUGUGGCGCCCAGGCUCUUUCUGUCGUUGGAACGCUCUUGUCGCUUUUCAUGGUUGAUCGUUUUGGAAGAAGAUUCAUUCUCCUUUACGGGAUGCUGUCUCUCGCAGUAUUGAACCUUUUGAUUGCUGCCUUGGGUCUAAACAGAAGCAGUCAACCGCUCCUCCUUGCUUCCUCGGCGUUUUUGACAAUGUACAAUUUCUUCUACAAUUCAGGAAUUGGUCCAAUUGCUUACGUCUACAACACCGAGAUUCCCACCUCCAGAUUGCGUGCCAAGACCGUUGCCGUUGGUAUUGCUUCCUCUAAUUCUCUCAACACAAUGUGGGCUUUUGUUCUUCCAUACAUGUUCAACGUCGAUCAAGCGAACAUGGGAUCUGCCAUCAACUUCAUCUUCGCUGGCUGCUGCUUUGUUUCGGUGUUUGUUUUCUUCUUCUUCAUGCCAGAGGCCUCUGGAAGGUCCUAUGAAGAGAUUGACGAGAUGUUCAUGGCCAAGGUGCCAUACAGAAAAUGGUCGUCUUACGUCACCUCAGUUUCCGUUGAAAGCAAACAGGUCAUUUUGGAACAAUGCAAGGAAGAAACUGAACACGUUGAAGAGGUAAAGAAGAAUGAGGUUUUGACUAACGACAAACAAGUUAUAGUUUGA